CCCCAGUAUCAAAGAAGAGCUCUCCAUUAAUGGAUAGCAUGAAUGAUGAAGUGCCAGCCAAUGUUGCUGAUUCACAAGUUUAUAAAUCUCGACGACUCCGAAAUCAACCAACCAAUAAUGACCAUAGCAGUUGCAUAAAUAAUGAUGAGCAAAGUUUUCACACGCCUAUUAAAAGGCAGCAGCCACGAGAGUUUGAACACCAACAGCAACAUUCACCUGACGUACCAUUCAUGAGUAGUCAGCUGUGUGGGACACAAGAAUGUGAAGUUGUGUGGGACUGUAAUUCUCCUGGCUUCUCUAAAGAUGACCUCAAACGUAUGCCAGGUGGUGGUGCUGGAGAAGGGUAUACAGCCGAAACUCCAGUGGCCUUCGUUGUUCCUACACCCCAUCGCCUGUUCCCCAGAGCUAGGGGCCGCCCACCUCCAACAUCGUCUUGUAAAAAUACCACUGCACAGUUAGAAGAGCUUUUGGAUCAACUUACCAGUAAAGAAAAUAAGUCAGAAAGAAUUCAUGUUGAAGAUCUUCCACCAUUAGACUUCAAAUCACAAAGGGAAAGCUCUGGUGAUGACUCUGACCCAGUUCUAGAUGAAGAUUCCACUCCCAGUACAUUGCCACUUCCAGGAUUAAUAAAGCAUGCCCUGUCACAGCCUUUUGAUGUGGGUGAUGGUAAUGACAAAAAUGAAGAACAACUAAUGGUUCCAGAAGUUAAGGACAUGAACCUUACUAGUGAUCAAGAUGAUUCAUUAUGGGGUGAUGAUCUCAAUAUUGGUAUAUGUGAUAUUAGUGAAAUUAAUAUAGUGUCUGACACAGACACCAGACAUUUUGUGAAAGAGAAAGUAAGUGUUGCACUUGAAAAGGAUAAAGUGAACAUAGGUGAUGAUGUGAAGGAUGUUUCUAAUGUAUCUGUAGAUAUAUUUGAUGAUGAUCUGUUCAAUGAUUCAGUGAUAAAAACUACACAAGCCUUGGAAGAAGCCAUGGCUAAAAAAGACAGUGGAAUUUUGUUUACCGAUGUAGACAAUAGAAAUUCUCAAGAAUCAGAACAAAGGAAUAAUCUUUCAGGUUAUGUUAACAUUAGUAAAGAUAAAACUAAUCAGAAAGAUGUAGACUACAAAAUUUGUUUAAAUACUGAUUAUAUAAUCAGUGGUAAUAGUAGUAUUAGGCAUAUCAGCAAUGUUACUAGUAUAAAUAGAAACAGUUCAAGUGUAACCCAGAGUGCCAUAGUACCUUAUAAUUCUGCUAAUAAUAAUAUCAACAAAAAUACAACUUGCCAAACUUUUAGUAAUAUCAAAGUAAAUAGCUCUUGUAAUCAGAGUAAAUCCAGUGCUUCCAGUAUCUAUAACAAAAAUAUUGAUAAUCAUAUUUCUGGUGAUGAGAGUAGCUGUAGCCCUGUCAUUGGUAAGACCCUUAUAUCCCCCACAAAUAAUCUUCAAAGGCGAGUUAGAAGUUCAUUUCAGUUAGGCAGAAUUGUGUCUGAUUCAUUGAAAAAUCCCUUGAAUAAUACUCUAGAAAGUAAUUCUCAUGUAUAUAGUGUUAAUGCUAGUAAAUUUAUAAAUAAGACACCUAUAAAUGAAAGUGGCUUUGAAAAUAUUGGUUCAAAAAAUAUAUCUGAUAAUAAUUCUGUACAUAAAACUGCAAUAGCAAACAUUGAGUCAAAAGGUAUACAGAAUGUACAUGUGAUAAAUCCUAUAGCUAAUGAGGAGACAUGCCAGGCAACUAAGGCCCCCAGUAUAAAAAUCAAAAGCCCAAGUGCAUCUAACUAUCAUUCUGUUUUUUCGAAUAUACCAUCGAAAAAAUCUAGUAGUGAUUGUUCUAAUCAAGUAGGACGACUGACAAGUACAGGUCAGACAGCAAGAGGACCUAUAAUGCGCUCGCAUUCUACUGAUAAUGCAAAGGUUACUGUUGAUCUGCCAUCUGUCACUCAGCGGAGCAAAAGCUCAAUGGAUGGAGAUGUUUCCCGAGAAUUUGGAGAGGAUGAUGAAUUUUUUAAGUCGUUGCUCUCUGAUCUUCCCGAAGAUGAGGAGUUAUUUAAAAUUGCUUCUUACCAUCCACAAUCUAGUGUGCAGAAAUGUAGAAUAAGUGUGCCUCCUCAGAGUGAUGAAUGCUCCGUGAAUAUUGUGAAGUUCCCUGAAAAUUUUAAUUCUGAUAAACCUUUGCGUGAAGAAAACCCUGCAGUAAGUUCUCAUGCAUACAUAAAAGAUGAAGUAAAGACAUCUCGUCAAAAAUCUGUUGUGCAGGCUUACAAAACCUUGAAGACUUCACUCAAGCACUCACAUUCUUUAACUGAAGGCAGAAGGGAUCAGAGGUACUUCAACCAUACCACACAAGCAUCUAAUCUUCAUAACCCAAGACUAGACACCAGUAAAAUGUCUGUAAAUAUGGAAAAUUCACGUGAUGAUGUGCAAAACGUUGAGAAAAAAGUAGACAACAAAGCCAGCAAGCAGAACUCUCUGACAGCACCUCAGUUGUACACCAGUGACAUCUUGGAUGAUGAUCUCUUUGAAGAUGAUGUUUUAACAUUAAUAGAUGAAGUUGAAUCCCAGUAUGGCAGUCAAAAAGCACAGUCUGAAAUGUCCAACUCACAGCAAUCACUCUCUCAGUCACUGAGAUGCACACAAGAUGAAAUUGAUCGUAAGAAAGAAGCAGCGCGGCGAUUACGUGAAGAAAAAUUAAAACUGCGAAGUCAGCCCAUACAGUAUUCAUAAUCUUGUUGAGCUUUAUUGGUAACCCUCAUAAAUUUUUGCUUGUAAAUUACCCGUCUUAAAAAAAUAUAUUAUAAUUUUUAUACUAUAUAUUGUUUUGUGAUUGUUACUCAUCUUACAUUUUUUGUAUUUUACCAUGCAAUAAAUAUUUGUAAAGAA